UAAAACAACCACAAUAUAUAACCGCCUAUCACACAAUUGUUCUCUUUCCCACUGGGAAAGAACAAAAAAAAAUCAUUCUAGUUAGUUUGUUUCAUAUAGAUCAGGCAGUAAUAUUGCAACAUCAGACAUAUUUGUAUCCUUCAAAAUUACAAGACUGCAAAUAGAAAGACAAAAAAAUGAAGCCAAUACUGCAAAUAAAAACAGAAGGCAAACAAGAAAAUGACGAACCUGAACCUGAAUCUGAAACUGAACCUGUAUCUCCUACAGGACAGUACUUAAGCAGCAAAACUUUGAACACUUGUAUUCUAGCCAUCCUAGAAUCUGAAGUUCCCAUUGAUGAAUCAUGUCUAGUUCCGCAACUUCGAGACGUGUUCCUUCCCAUUAACCCCAGAUUUUCAUCUAUUAUGCAGAUAACUGACAAGAAAGGUGUAAGACUAUGGAAAAAGGUGAAAGUAAACCUUCAUGAUCAUGUUAACAUUCCCAGAUUCCCAGAAGGCUUGUCUACUGAAUCAUACGACAAUUUCUUUGACGAAUAUCUGACAAAAAUCAGCUCGGAGCCACUGCCAGAAGAAAGGCCAUUAUGGGAACUUCACAUAAUAAACUGCCCAACAAGUAAAGCAGCAGGGCAUAUGAUCUUCAAGCUUCACCACGCGCUUGGUGACGGGUACUCUCUGAUGGGAGCACUUCUUUCCUGCGUGAAACGAGCAGACGAUCCUUCCCUUCCUUUAACUUUCCCUUCAACUCGAGGGAAGUUGUCAGAAGUUAAGAUGAAAAAUACCAAAAGUUGUUUGAGUUUGAUGCCAAUAAGAACUUUAUCUGCAAUCUACAAAGGAGCUUCUGAUUUGGGAUGGAGUUUUAUGAAAACCACUUGCAUUUCUGAUGAUCAGACACCUAUCAGGUCCGGAAACAAGAAUCCGGUUUUUAAUCCAAUCAAUGUUUCCACUCUUGCUUUUUCUCUUGACCAAAUCAAAUUCAUCAAAACAAAACUAGGCGCGACAGUAAAUGACACGAUUUCAGGGAUAAUCUUUCUGGGGACUAGACUCUACAUGCAAGAAACUCAAACGAAAUUCUGCAAUUCACGGUCUACAGCAAUGAUGAUUCUCAACACCAGGAUUAAAAGAGACUACAUGUCAGUUGACGAUAUGAUUAAUGCAGAUACCAAAAUAUGGGGAAACAAAUUUUCAUUUCUGCAUAUAGCACUGCCUAAAUUAAUCAACGAUAAAUGCUCCAACCCUCUUGAUUUCGUCUAUAAAACAGGAAAACAGAUCAAGAGGUACAGAAGUUCACCAGUAGUUUAUCUCACUUCCCACUGCCUGAGGAUUAUGAGGGAAUACAAAGGAUGUGAGGUUGUGGCUAAACGGAUCCAUAGUACAUUGAGUAGAUCAAGCAUGACAAUGUCAAACAUGAUAGGUCCAGUCGAACAAGUGACGUUAGCUGGUCAUCCUAUAAAGGGCAUGUAUUUCAUGAUUACAGGAAAUCCUCAGAGCCUGGUAAUAUCAGUUAUGAGUUACUCGCAAACUUUGAGGAUUGGAGUAGGAGCUGAAAAGGGCUUCAUAGACUCAAAGAAGUUAAACUCAUGCAUCGAGAAUGCAUUCGAGUUGAUAUUCGAGGCAGCGACAAAGAGCAAAUAAUGAUUGUCAAACAACCAAAACACUUCUACUAAAUGUUGUAUUAGUAUGGAUGCGACUUUUCUUUUUAAGAUUUUUUUUCACCAUAAAUACUUGAACCAAAGAAAAUGGUUCUUUGUAUUGCUCACAUCGGAUACACCUAAAGAAUUUGAUUAGCUUAUCAAACGGGAUGCUUAAUACGACUUUUAUACC